AAGAUACUCAACAGAAACAAUUAGAAACAGUUGAAUUAACCAACAGGUAGGCACGAAUUAAACAAAAAGCAUCAAUUGUAAUCCAAUUUAAGUGUAACAAUUUAAAUCUAAUCAUCAAGUAAAUAAAAAUGAAGAUGAAACAACAAAAACAACUCAAAGAAAACUUUAAAUUGUUGCAAUAUAAUAUUUACCAUUGAGAAGAAGGUAAUUCCUGAUUCUAGAAGAUUAGAAUUGAAAUGAUGAUAUUGAUAGUUAAUUAUCACGAAAACAAUUAAAACAAGAUGAUGAUGAUUAGAGGGGAUAAGUUGAUUAGGGAAAAAAUUGAAAUCCUGGUUAUCAAGACUGGUUAAGGUGAACCAACCAGUUAACCGGGUUGGUUUCUUAGGUUAAACCAGUUAAUUUGAAUUGCUUGUUGAUUAUUAACUGUUAUUUUUACUAUUAGUAAAUUGUAUCAACGAUGUAUCAUCACCACGUUGAAACAGUUAACCGGAAAUCAGACCAACAAUUAGAAACAAUUUUCUAAUAAGAGACCAAGAAGAAAUUUAAAUCUCUCUGUGUUUUCCCUCCAAAAAAGUUAAUCCUUUAAUCUUAAUCAGUUCGUCUUUAUUAUUUUCUCAUCUAAUUUUCAGUUCGAAUUUCAAUUUAUCGUUAAUCUACCUCAUGGUUAAUCUAUUCAAUGUCAAGUUCUAUCAAAUUCCACAGAAAACAAAUGUUCCAAAGAUUAAUUGUUAUACCGAUCAUCUAAUUGUCACCAAUUAUCUUUGUAAACAGUUAAUUGUUUGCUUUCUUUUCAUUGGUUUGAUUUGUGAUUCUCUGACCAAUGGACAAUUUUAUUCACCUUCUUCUUCAUCCUCAUCCUCUUCAUCUUCUUCCUCGUUUUUACCUUCAUCUAUGGUGACAAACCUUUGGAAUCAAUUGACAUCAAGUACUGGGAAUCGACGACAAGAUGUACCACCAAUUAAUCCCGAACAAUUGGAGCAAGGACCUCUAUUUGUUGGUGGAAGCUUUGACUUUGAUUUGAAUGAAUUGGCUCAUCUUAUUCAGCCGAUGUUUAAUUUGAUCAAAAAUUCUGAGAUAAUUAAAGUUGAUCAAGGUGGAAACCGUGGUAACCAAAUGAAUUCAGGUAACCAAGUAAAUGGAAACAAUAAUAAUAAUGAACAGUUGAUUACUUCAGCUUCAUCUAAUCGACCUGGAUUAACGUUUUCACCUUCAUUUGGCCUUGGAUCAACACAGAUUAAGCCCUUAAUCACUUUAGCUGUACCUGAGAUUGAAUUUCUAAACAAUAAUAAUGAGGCCAAUAGAAAUACUAACAACAACAACAACAACAAUCUAAAUAGUGAUUAUAAUGGUAAUAAUAAUCAGCAACUUAAUUCUCAGCGAAUAUCAUCAAAUCAUCAACUAAUUAAUCGCUACAAUGGAAGACCAAUUCAAACCAUUGAUCCAUUUUUAGCAUCAGCAUCCGGUGACCUCAGUCCAUUAACAUCAUCUUCCCUUAAUCUAAAUGGCAUAAAUCGUGGUUCCUCUUCAUCCAACGGAAGAAGGAAAAAGAAACGAAAACCGAAUAAUAAUAAAAAUAAGAAUCGCAAUAAACCAUUGAUUCAAAUUGUCGACGAUGAUCAAGAAGAGACCGAUCAAAGUAACGAUGAAGAAGAGGACAGUUUAAUACCAAUGUCAUCAAAUAAUAACGGAGAUGAGAGCGGUGAUGAUGAUAAUCGUAAAGACACCGAUGAAAGUCAAGCUCUUGAUCAGAUUCUCGAAAUGGGUUUACCUUCAUUCCUAAUGGAGGAAAUUUUCGGCCUCAAUAAGCGACUAUUAAAACCUGGUAAAAUUUUGGCCCAUUUAACUUUCGGUGCGCUGGCUCGAGGGAUGAUCAAGCGUUUCUUUAAGACUUUUCUAGCUCGAUCAAUGCCUGAUCGAGGUGGACUCAUUCGCCGUGUAGCCGAUCAAGGUUGCAGGUCAGUUAAAGGAUUAGGACUUCGAGACUCGGUCAUACUUCCGUUAGGAGUUGCGGUCACUCUUCAUCCGAUCUUCACUCCCUUCAUGCCCGCUAUGCUUUUCGCCCUUGGAUCACUAAAAGCAAUCGAAUCAGCAACUUGCUAUGUUAGUAACGCUCUAAGAUGAUUAACUUUCAUAACAAUUUAGCCAGCAAUUAGUUAACCAGAUCAACUAAUCAACCACUUACCUUUACCUUUAAAUCAUUCAAAGUGAUUCCAUUUUUAUUGUAUAAAAAAAAAACUUCUAGUAUCUAAAGUUUUCAUAUCUAGUGUAUCAAUUUAUCAUACAGAUUGAUUAACUUAUUCAAUUAAAUUAAUACUUUGUUAAUCUA